AUGGGCAUCCCAGCCAACAAGAAAACGGUCCUUAUUACCGGCUGCACCCCGGGAGGAAUUGGCCACGCCCUGGCCGGGGAGUUCCACGCCAAAGCUUCGUUUUCAGGACUUCAUGUCAUCGCUACCGCCCGGCGCCCGGAAGUCCUCCAGGACCUCGGGGACAAAGGCAUGACAACGAUUGCUCUCGAUGUCACCAAGGCCGAGAGCAUUGCCGAGUGCAAGCAGAAGGUGACGGAGUUGACAGGCGGACGCCUCGAUUUCCUCGUCAACAACGCGGGCCUCACCCACACCGUCCCAGCUACAGACAUCAAUAUGGACGAGGUGCGCCAGACAUUUGAGACGAACGUGUUCGGUGUCAUGGCUAUGGUCCAGGCUUUCGUACCCCUCAUGAUCCCAUCACGAGGUCUCAUCAUCAUGAUCAGCUCCCUGUCAUCAGUUUCGCCCCGCACACUCCGCCAGGAGUUGCGCCCUUUCGGUGUUCGAGUGAUGGUAUCCAUGACCGGCACUGUCAAGAGCGAUAUCGCUAAGCUUAACCGCGAGCUCCCGCCCAACUCUUUAUAUACUCGCGUCAAAGACCUGUACGCAAAGCGUCUGAAAUUCUCCCAGAACAAUGCUACUGUCAGCACAGAGGACUUUGCGAGUCAGCUGGUGGCGGAAGCGUUGAAGGGAGAAGGCUGGCUCGGAGGCUGGCUUGGCGGUGCCAGGAACUGGUUCUGGGCUGGUGGCAUGGCAGGAUCAGUUUGGUUGGCAAGAUUGCUAUUUGGUGAAUGGCUCUUGGAUGAACUUGCGUACAAGAAGUUUGAGCUGCCAAAGCUGGAGGCCAUUGUGCGCAAGGAAGGGGUCAAGAGAGUUGAGUGA